AUGAUGAGAAACUUCACACAGGUUUCAUAUUUCACCCUCAGUGCCUACUACGAAACUGAACUCUUUACAUACUUCUACUUCCUGAUUGUUCUGGCUCUUUAUGUUGCAAUCAUCAGUGCUAACGUUUUAAUCAUCGUGGUGAUCUGCAUGAACAGAAGCCUCCAUGAGCCCAUGUACCUGUUCCUGCUCAGCCUGUUUGCUAAUGAACUGUAUGGGAGUACAGGCUUGUUUCCAUUCCUGCUGGUUCAGAUCCUCUCUGACGUUCACACCGUUUCUUAUUCGAUCUGUUUACUGCAGGUUUUCUGUCUGUAUUCAUAUGGAGGUAUAGAGCUUUUGACUUUAGCCAUCAUGUCCUAUGACAGAUAUCUCGCCAUCUGUUAUCCUCUGCAGUAUAACACACGUAUGACCUUCAAUAAGAUCGUCACGCUCACUGCUCUGAUAUGGAUCUACCCUUUGUUCAUCAAUGCUGUUAUAACCUACGGUCUGACUGGCAGUUUGCAGCUGUGUGGGAACAUCAUCAACAAAGUGUACUGUGACAACUACUACAUUGUGAAGCUGGGCUGCUCUGACACCACCGUCAAUAACGUGUUUGGACUGGUUCACAUGUUCACCGUCAUCUUUGGUCUGAUCGUGUUAAUCCUCUACACCUACAUGAGGAUCCUUAAGGUGUGUUUUUCUGGCAGCAAACAGACCAGACAGAAAGCCUUCAGCACCUGCACGCCUCACCUGGCCUCUCUGCUCAACUUCUCCUGCGGGGCUUUCUUUGAGAUCGUGCAGGGCAGGUUUAAUAUGACCGGUUUGCCCAACCUGCUGCGUGUCGUCCUGUCCCUGUACUGGCUCACGUGUCAGCCGCUCAUCAGCCCCUUAAUGUACGGCCUGAAGCUGUCCAAAAUACGCACCGUUUGUAAAACGCUGCUCUUUGGGAGGAAAAUGUGA